CCGGCCCCGGCCCCGGCCCGGGCCGUCCCCAGAUCCGGGCGAUGGCGGCGGGGCGGGCGCGGGUGUCCCGCCUGCUGCGGCAGCUGGAGCGGGCAGCUUGUCGGUGUCCGAGCCAUGGCCACACUUAUUCCCAAGUCCCUGAACGGCCCACCCUGGGGAAUACAGACUAUGCAUUUGAGAUGGCCAUUUCAAACAUCCGAUAUGGAGAAGGAGUUACAAAAGAGAUUGGCAUGGACCUGAAGAAUCUUGGGGCUAAAAGAGUUUGUCUGAUGACAGAUAAAAACCUCUCCAAACUCCCUCCUGUAAAUGCAGUAUUGAAUUCCUUGGCAAAAUACGGCAUAAACUUUCAAAUGUAUGAUAAUGUCCGUGUGGAGCCAACAGACCAAAGUUUCCUGGAUGCCAUCCAAUUUGCUAAAAGGGGAGAUUUUGAUGCCUAUGUUGCUGUUGGAGGUGGGUCUGUAAUAGACACCUGUAAAGCUGCCAACCUGUAUGCAGCCAGCCCUUCCUCAGAAUUCCUGGAUUACGUCAAUGCUCCCAUUGGGAAAGGGAAGCCGGUCACUGUGCCCCUCAAGCCACUUAUUGCAGUUCCUACGACAUCUGGCACUGGAAGUGAAACCACUGGUGUUGCCAUUUUUGACUUCAAAGAACUAAAAGUUAAAACCGGUAUUGCUUCAAGGGCCAUUAAGCCAACAUUAGGCAUCAUUGAUCCUUUACACACACUGUCUAUGCCUGAACGAAUAGUGGCCAACAGUGGCUUUGAUGUGCUUUGCCAUGCCCUGGAAUCAUACACUGCUCUCCCUUACAACAAGCGCAGUCCCUGCCCCUCCAAUCCCCUGGAGCGCCCAGCCUACCAAGGCAGCAAUCCCGUCAGUGAUGUCUGGGCUCUGCACGCCCUGCGCAUUGUGGCUAAGUAUCUGAAAAGAGCCAUCAGAAACCCUGACGACCGUGAAGCAAGAGCCAACAUGCACCUGGCAAGUGCUUUUGCUGGUAUUGGCUUUGGCAAUGCUGGUGUUCAUCUCUGCCACGGAAUGUCUUACCCUAUUUCUGGUUUGGUGAAAACUUAUAAACCAAAGGAUUAUAAUGUGGAUCACUCUUUAGUGCCACAUGGUCUUUCUGUGGUGCUGACAUCCCCAGCAGUGUUUGCUUUCACAGCACAGAUACAUCCUGAGCGGCAUUUAGAGGCUGCAGAGAUUCUAGGAGCUGACAUCCGCACUGCCAGAAUCAAAGAUGCAGGGCUUAUUUUGGCAGACACACUCCGGAAAUUCCUAUUUGAUCUGAAUGUUGAUGAUGGCUUAGCUGCAAUUGGUUAUUCCAAAGCAGACAUCCCUGCAUUAGUCAAAGGCACUCUGCCUCAGGAGAGAGUGACUAAACUAUCACCACGUCCCCAAACAGAAGAAGACUUAUCUGCUCUCUUUGAGGCUUCCAUGAAACUUUAUUAGCUUAAACAUGUUGUUCUGGAAAGUGUGGUCUAUUCUAACACAGAGGUAGUUUCUCAUAGAUACUGAAAUUGUUCAGAGCAUAGAAGAAUUUGGGUACCUCUGACUUUUGUUCCAUUGUACACUGCCAAAAGGUCACGUAAUUCAUCUUUAACUAAACAGUGCUUUGAAGUGAGGAUUGACUGUGGUUUCUUUCUUGCUCAGUAGUCAGUGGCAUUGACUUGCAUAAAAGUUGGAGCAUAUUUCUUUCAUUACUGAAGGCUUUUUUUGUGCUUUAGAGAUGGUCAAAGGUGGAAAAAUGUUCUAAGGGAUAUUUCAAACCAUUUUUCAAAUUAUGCUUCCAUUUAAAUUAUCCAUCAUUUUGUUUCUAAAAGUCAUGCUAGUUAAGAAAUAAUGAAGGUCAUUUUUAAUUAGGGAGGGGAAGUCGCCUGCAGAAAAUGUCAGCUUACUGUAUUCUGUUCUGCUUUAUCAUCUUUUUACCAUCUGGCUUUGCUAAGAAUGCUAUUGAACUGGGGUGCUUUUUCAUUGUUUGGUUAAGAAAAAUCUGCACCCUUCAUAGCUGUUUGGAAAAGGCUGCUUGAAAUUUUGGUUUGGGUUAAAAUUCUGACAUAUAUUGUCAUAUAUUUCCCUUUUCUCUUAUCAUCUCUAUAAUUGUCAUAUAUUUAUCUCUCCUUCUAUGCUCUAUGUGAGGUAGCAUCAGAGGAGCAAAACCAGAGUAAAGCAUGGUCACAGACUCAACAGGACCCAUAUAACAGCAAGACAGCAUCCAUCAUGGUCAUUCUGUCUCUCUGGAGGCAACACCUCUCUUUUCCUACUGUGUUCUGUGGAAGGAAGCUCUCAAGCGUGUCUUGCUUAGCUGAGAAUCAAUUGCUGCCGCUGAGCUCCUGCAGGUGCUGUCCCCAGAGCACAGCCACACACUUGAGGAAGUGGCUGGGUGCUGUGGUUCAAUAUUAAAAAGUGGUGGUGAAGCAUUUGGCUGCACAGUGCCCCACGGGGAGCGCUGGUUAAAUGUGGGAAUGAGAGUGCACCUUCCGAGCAGUUAACCAGCUGGGUGGCUGUCAGCUGAGAAAGGGAAGUGGGGAAGGGAGGAAACUAACAUUUUAAUAUUAUUUUCCUUUAUUUAAAGUUCAUGUGGUUGUGUAUACAGUUCAUUUAAAUCAGAUUCUGCUUCAUGUUGGACUCUUUCAGCAUCUGAUGCUACCACACAGCACAAGACAAAUGAGAGAAGAACCCUCUGACUUCUGGUGUGCAUAUUUCCUUCUGCUGGGGAGGGAGCACAUUUCAGUCACCCUGUUGGAGUGUUGAAGGCUCUAUGCUUGCACCUUUGCAUUUGUGUAUUUGUCUGAUCAAACUAGUGCUGUCCUAGAUUCUGAGGACAGAUGUGUACUGGAUAUUGACACUGGAUCCCUGUCAGUGCUAUUAGAACAGGUGGAUGGAUACUGGUUGAAGACUGGUUUUUAGCAUCAGAACAGGUUUGGCAGGCACAGGACUGCAUUGUCACUGUGUGAUACACAUGUGAUUUCCAUGUCCUUCUGAGCCUUCCCCUCUGCUGAAAUUGCCCACAAGUACCUCUGUCAUUGAAGGCUGAUGUUGUAAUAGCAAGGGAUUCGCUUUAUUAUAUUGUGCAUAGCUGACAUGUUUGGAAAAAAACCCCAAAUUUUGUCAAAACCCAUUGUCCAACGCUGUUGUUCAAAGUCAGGCUGGAUGAGGCUCUGAACCCAGUCUAGUGAAAGGUGUUCCUACCCAUGGCAGGGAGGUUAGAGCUAAAUCUUUAAGGUCCCUUCCAGCCCAAACCAUUCUAUGGUUCUAUAUAAACUUUUGGCCUGUUUUGUCUUUCCACUCCUUUCUCCAGUCUGUGGUAGCAGUACAGAUUCAUGAAGAGACAAAUCUUUUUGUCCAGGAGCCUAAUUCAUGGUUAAUUCAUGUUGGGGGGGG